GGCUGUCUUCAAAACACACAUCAGUUUCAUGUGAUUAGCCAUCGAUUAACCAUUUGUUGCGUCCAUUGGUUAGAAAAUUGUGUGACAUUUGAAUUGUUUGAGUGAAUCAACGAAACAAAGUUGUCACCAAUGGCUGGACCUAUGGCUCGCACUGAUUGGGACAGAUUUUGUCAUAAAGUGGAUAAAAACUUCUGGAAAGACAUGAAUGAUUGGGGGAAAGGCGUCGAAAAGUUUUUCACUGACGGCCCCAUCACUCCGGUAUUCAAACCGGAGUUCAAUGGUUUGAAGUCGAGUAUGCGCCAAGAAUUGGACCAAAAGGCAAAAGAAAGCAAUGGUUUGAGAGAAGAGUUGUUGGCUUUGAAGGCAUCGAAACUUGAGGCGGAAGUGAAGACAUUGAGGGAAGCGAUGAAAGACAUGAAAGACAUGAAUGAUAUGAAUGUAAAAGAUGUGAAAGACUUGAGACACGAGUUGAUGUCUUUGAAGGCUUUAAACGAGACAAUGAUUUGUGAGAACAAAGAGUUGACUCAAGAGUUGAUGUCUUUGAACAUAAGUCAAAUUACUUACCGUACUUACUUCUAUUUCUGUUACGCAACUGUCGUGAGCUCCUCUAGGCAUUUCACUACCUGUUGUGGCUGUGACUUAGGUGCCGGUCAUUUGUGUCCGAUGACGACUCACUGGUAUUGGCCCGGACUGCCUAUAACGGGCCCUGAACCCUUUGAAUGCCUUCUCAGACAAAUAAUUCCACAUUUGUUUGCUUACAAAACCAGGAUUCGUGACCACGAGCCGCACCGGUCGACCCAAAUGGCUGUACGACAGGCCAUCAAAUGA